GUAGUUUCAAACGCUGAUGCGCGAGCUCGGUUUGUUAUGGAGUCAGUUUAACGUCUGUUGUUUCAGCGCCUCAGACACUAAAUAUAUGAAGUUUUGGUAAAAUUAAAAGAAAUUUAAGCUUUACCAAAGAAAUCUAAAGCUAAUAAAAAUGGACGAGGGUAAAUCGGCGUCGUUGCUUUCCAGAAAAGAGCUGCGUAAACAGAAGCUGAUGGAAUACUUGGCAGCCAAAGGAAAACUGAAUCACCCAAAUGUCACGCGAUCCCUGCAUGUGGAAUGUCAGAAUCAGAAGACUAACAAAACAACUCUAAAGGUUGUAAUGGGAAAAGAAAACAAAGGUCCACCUGACAGAUUCAGGUGGCAGAGUUCAAAGGGUCAAGCUGCGGCACCUCAGCUCAGUCAGGAUCCUCCCAGAAGAAGAGCGUUUGGUGCCUCUGACACAGUUAAUGUGAAAGAUGGAAAACAAAAUGCAAUAUGUUCAUCAUCCAGCAAAGUGUCAGCACAGACAAAAGUUAAUCAAAAUGCCAUUCUCAGAAGAACAUACACUGUAUUGUCUUCCAAAUCCAAUUUGACCCUGGUUGGCUCUCUCAAAAAGCAGCCUAACACAGGAAGCCAAACUCUAAGCAAGGUCCAGUCUAAUGGAUGUUGUACACAUGGAGCAAAGCCAGAUCCCAAAUCAAGCCUUAGCUCUAAUAGAGCUACAUUAUGCCCCCCGGAAAUGGCAAGUAGUCGGAUAAGUACCGGCCCACUUGUUAAAACCAAAACAGGGCUUGUGCCUGCAGCGAUACAACCAAGGAAUGUAAAAUCAAAUGUAUCACAUGCACCUGGCACAAUACGUCAAACAUUCACUACCACCUCUGUUGAUAAGAAAGGGCAAUCCAGCGGCAUGUCAACAGUUUCUGAUGGUCACAGGCCUGGUUUGGGGUGUUCUUCAAAUUCAAGAGCUGGGAGCAAAACUGAAGCUGAGAACAAGUCUAAUCCUAAACCACUUCCUGAUAAACAAACUGGUAAAAGCCAGUUAUCAGGUGGACUGAGGUUAACUGUGGCUCCCAAAGGCAAAGCUGUAACUGUAAAAGCAGAGCAGAGAGUAUUAACCAGUAAAUCAGCGGCGCAUCCUGCAGAGAGGUCUGUUAAGCCAAGAUCUGAAGCUGAAGGAAAGAAAAACCCUCAGUCUGUAAAAGCUGAUGCUCCAACAAUUUCAAGGACGUCAAUCAAAUGUAGUUCAACAACUGUCAAAACAAAUAAGCAGACUGUUGUGUCUAAAGACGGGGGGAAAACAAAGAAAAACAAAGAGACACAAAUCAACAAAGAGAAAACAACUAGAAACUUUCCUUCAGUACAUGCGCCUACAAAAUGUAAAGUUGCUCCAGUGGUUUCACAGACCGCACCACAGCCUUCCAGGCCCAUCAGCCUCGUAGGCCGGGCUACAGCCAUGACACCAAAGGUUACAGCUAAAGUUGUUCCCCAGACCGAAGGAAAGAAACGGACGUCUGCCCAGGAGGAGAGAAUGAGAAAACUCCAAGAAUGGCGACAAUCCAAGGGGAUUUCCUACAAACGUCCUCCAAUGCCAGUGAAACCUCAAGUGACGCGUGCCGUGUCUGUCCCUCACCCCUUCUGGGCGUCCAUGAAUGUCGAAGAUGAAGCCCGUUCCCUCAUCUCUGCAGUGGACAGGUCCCUUGCUGACUGCAUCAAAUUGCUCGCAGAGGGCUGCCCUCCAGCCCAAGUGAAGGACGUUCUCUCACGGCUGCCAGCGGUGUCUCAGAAGUUUGCCAAAUACUGGAUCUGUCAAGCCCGCCUAAUGGAGCAAGAGGGAAUCUUGGAUGUGUUGCCCAUGUUCGAAGAGGCUGUUCGAGUUGUACUGGAGCCAGUGGAUGAGCUGCGAACAGUGGUGUUUGACAUUCUGAAGAAGAAGGACGAAAUCCAAGGAAAUGAAAAACAGGAAGAUGACUCCCCAACCACUGAAACAUCUCCAGACCAUGGCAGCAACCCACUGGUGACACCUAAACCUGCCAAAGCACUCAUUAAGAGAGAGCGAGGAGGCUCCUCAGUAGUGAAGUACAAGAUCACCGCAACUCCUGGUGGCCCACCAAGUCAGCAGAACAAACCAGUAAGAGUCGAUGGGCAGGAGGUCCGCUUCUUCACCCCGGUCCGACGAUCAGUGCGAAUCGAGAGAGCCUCGCUCCGAUACCCGCCAUCCCUCCAGGACCAUGACGUCUGUGUCAGCUCGUACGGUGAUCUGAUCUCAGAGGAGGGCAAAGAAACCAGUGAAGAACAAUCCUGCGGGCAAACCAACCGUUCUGGAAACAGCAACCUGAUGUACAUUUACAGAGAGAACGAGGCACUUGGAGACAAAGUUUGUGUCGAACUUGUUCUUAAUGACAGUUUUUAAAUUUAUCUACUUAAUUCACUUUUUUAUCAUUCGUAACAAAACAUAAAUACAAAGGUUGUCUAUAACUCUCACUCUUACAUUGCAAAUGUUCAUAUUCCUACAUAUUAAGGAUUUUUCUGCCUGUAAAAAGAACUUUGUAUUUUAACCAAUUAAAUAUUUCUCCAUGUUGCUAUGAA